UUGAAAUUGUCAAAAAUUUAGUACUUUUGGAGGGAAUUCCGUUUGUUAAACUUAUAGAAAAGUUGCUUAAAAUAUAUACAAAGAAAAUUUAAUCAUGGCUCAAACGACUAUUACUACGUUUUUCAAUAGUCGAAAACGGCCAGCAUCGGAAGAUCUUGUAAAUACAAAACAUAAACUAGCGCAUAUUGAGCGUAUUCCAGAUAACCACAAAGAAACUGAACGAAACUCUUCAUCACUUAAAAAUAAUGAUGUGGAUAAUAAAAAUUUGAAGCCCCAUUUUACAUGUACAAAAGUGUUGAAGACAGAUAAAAAGGAUAAAGGUGAAUGCCAUUCAACCUCUUCGAAUGGCCUUAUAAGAGCAUCAAACCAACUGGAAGUAUUUGCAAAAAAAGUUAAUGCUAAUAAUAUAGCUAAACCUUCGUUAGCUUCAGAAACAGUCUCAUUAAAUUCUGCUCGUAAAGAAUUAAGUUUGGGGGCUAAACCUUCUAUUCCUUCAGAAACGGUAACCGGUUCUGCUCGAAAAGAGUUAAGUUUGGGUUCUAAACCGUCUGUUUCAUUAAAUUCAGCUCGUAAGGAGUUAAGUUUGGGAGAUAUCCGAAAGAAAUUGGCUAGCAGCUCUAGACUAGCAGAGAUAAAAUCAACUGCUGAACGUCUUAGUAAAAAUAUUCCACUAUGCUUAGAAGGAAAACAUAAACAAAAUCUUAAAGAAUUUAAGUCAAUUGAUGUGGAUGUACCUAUAAGUCCAAGUAAACUUAACAAGGGUUUAUCAACACCCAAGAAGGAGGCAAAAUCAGAAGUUCAGUUACAAAGACCUAUUAUUUCACCAAGAAAAGUCCUUGUCAGCCCUGUCAAGAGCCCUAAUAAGGUGCCAGCAUUUAUUAAAUUUGCAUCUUUAAGCUCAUCUACUGCCUCCGAGUCUCACAGCAGUCUCCCUCUACCCUACCAAUACAGAUUCGUUGGUGAACUCUUCAGGAGCAUGGAAACAAUUGUAGGCAUGCUAUACAGUAGGAAUGAAAAAAUUACUUUCACCAAACUCCAGCCCUCUAUCCAAGAGAUGCUCAAACGAAGAUUUACUCUCAAACAUUUAUCUCAAAUUAAACAUCUUGUGCCGGACUUUUAUAAUUACAGUGUUGAGAAAGUUAAAAACUUCACAGCUUCAUGUCAGAAGGAAUCUUACGAGUUGGUGAUAUCACCAAAUCUCCCCAACGAAAUCAAGACCAUGAACCUGAGUGUUCUGUUAGAAAGACGAAGAUAUUUCUUCAAUACAUUGCUCCAAAUGGUGAAGAAACAUCAUGCUCAAUUCCUGGCAUCACUGGACCCUCCAAUGGAAAUACCUGAUGACAAAUUAAUUCGUUGGCAUCCAGAAUUCGAAAUUGAAAAAUUGCCAGAAAUACCAUGCGCUAAAUUACCAGAGAUGCCUAACACUGAGAAAAUUAGUUCGGCUCAGGAUGUGCUUGCUAAAGCUCGUGAAUUAUUUAAAUGCAAUCCAAAGAUGGGUAAAGCUUUAGAGAAAUUAACUGCGGCGAAAGUAAAUGAAGAAAAAAUAACAACAGAUAAAGCUGUUGCUGAAAAUAUGCCUAGCACAUCUACUACGAAAGAAGCAAGUCAACAAACAGCUCCACCUACAUUUGUAAAUCCUGCUUUUAAAGGAUUACCUAUAAGUUUAUUAGAAAAGGUUAAAGCCAAACAAGCCGCUAAAGCUUUACAAUCAAUGAUGAAGACUACAGAAAAAGAACAACAAUUCUAUAUUUACAGCGGUCUACCUGACUUAGCUAAAACAAUAAGAAAUAUAUUUGUGUCGGAGAGGAAAAAUGUUUUAACCCUAAGUGUUGUUCUUUCCAAGUUAGACUGUAGUUUUAAGACCUCAGCUAGUGAUUUACAAAGAGAUAUCAAAUUGCUCACAGAAAAAGUGCCAGAUUGGAUCAAAUUGCAUGAAAUUAGAAAUACAACAUAUUUGAAAAUUGAUAAAAAUCGUGAUUUGAAAGAAAUAACAACAAAAUUAGAAGCUUUGGCGGCGGAAUUUAAAAGUGAUUAAUAAUUUGUGAGAACGGACAAGUUUAUUCUGAAUGAUCAUUUUCUAUGUUUUUGGCAUAAUUUGAUUAUUCAAUCAUGACUUUAUUGGUUACAACUUAACAUAUCUUUAAUUUGGAUUUUAAUUAUUUUGGUUUUUCCCA